AUGACCAAGAGAGUACUCAUAACUGAUUUCUUUAAUAGUCAAGGUGGUAGUAACACCUUAGAGAACAAGAGAAAGAAAACUACACUGGAAGUUGUGAAAAAAGUGGAAGUGGUUGAAGAUGCUGUUGAGAACAAGGAGAAUAUAGUAGUCACCAAAGAGAAAACAAUCGAACUGACUGUGACUACUACUACUACUGCUACUUGCAGCAAUAUUGAUACAACCGCUGGACAAGACUACAGCACCUUCUGCAAACAAUACAACUUUGAUAAAUCCAAAUGGAUCUCAUCCCUCACCCCAGAACAACAAGAAUUAUUAUCAUUAGAAAUCAACACAUUACAUAUCACCUGGUUAGCAUUUCUCCAUCAAGAACUCACAAAACCCUAUUUCCUCAACCUUAAACGUUUUCUUCAUUCCCAAACUGCCAAUCAUAAAACCAUAUACCCGCCACAAGAACUUAUAUAUUCUUGGUCCCAUUAUACACCCUUACCAGAAAUAAAAUGCUUAAUAUUAGGACAAGACCCCUAUCAUAACAUAAACCAAGCUCAUGGAUUAGCAUUUUCUGUAUUGGAACCCACAAAACCUCCACCAUCAUUAGUUAAUAUUUACAAAACCAUUGCGAUUGAUUUUCCAAAUUUCAAAAUCCCCGAAUAUCAAGAAUUACGAAAAGCAGGAAAACCCGGUGGAGGGAAUUUGACAAAAUGGGCAAGAAGGGGUGUUUUGAUGUUGAAUGCGGUGUUGACGGUGGAAGCCCACAAAGCAAAUAGUCAUGCCAAGCGAGGUUGGGAACAAUUUACCGAACAAGUGAUUAAAGUUGCUCUUGAUUAUCAUAGUGCUAAGGAUGAUGGGGGGUUUGUGAUUAUGGCAUGGGGAGGACCGGCACAAUUGAGGGUUGAGAAGUUUGGAAUGAGGUUGAAGGAUGGGAAGUUUUGUGUUUUGAAGGCGGUACAUCCAUCUCCAUUGUCUGCUCAUAGAGGAUUUUUCCAACUGGGAGUGUUUAAGAAGUGUAAUGAGUGGUUGGAGAAGAAUGGGAAGGAGAAGAUUAAUUGGGGGAUAUUUGAUGAUAAUAUAGUUAUGUAG